CAAUUAACUUUUCACUUGCUCUGAAGGCAAUAAACCUGCAGUAAUAAUUAAAACUUAAAAGUCUCUUGCUUCAUCCCCGAAGAUAGCGACUACUAUUCACUCUUUCCUUGAACCAGUUCUGCUCUCUGUCUCUAUCUACGAAUUCUACGUUUCUUUGGACACUUGAACUUUUUCCUUUUGUGCUUUAGAAGAGUGAGAAAAUUAAUUAUGCAAACUUCAGAGUGCACUAUGAUUUCCGGCAAAUAAAGUGAAACGAAGGCAAUACCUUGCGUUACUUUGAUUGUUCGUUAGGUACAUAUAUGACUGUGUUUCCAUAUGUAUGUUUCUGUGAAGUGUAUUGCUCCGGAAUUAAUAAUUUAAAGAUUCAAAAACGGUUACUUAAUAUUUAGUGUUUUACUCAUAGUCGAGUGCUCGAAAAGAACGCUCUGUUGUGUAUGACAGUAAUAAAUACCGUUUAAUUAAAUUUAUUGCGUUUUUAAAACGAUUCUGUACGAGCAAUAACGCCCAAUAACUUCUGGCUCAUUAUUUUGAGGACUUACUGCUUCUGUUUCCCGGUUAUGCAGUUGCUUCUUAUUUACAAGGAAGUCUGCCAGUCUUAAGUGCUGUUCUAAUUAUCGUGUUUCGGCAGCGCCGCUACGCUGCUUAAGUCACCCCGACAAAUUCAUAAAUUAACUCGUAUAAGUGUCCAGUGACGCGUUGCAAGUGCGAUUUCUAGAACUCCGUGGGUGAGCCUGGUAAUAACUGAGUGAAGUGUGCAGCAUCAUUGAUAAUUCUAUUCGACAAGCGGAAUAUUUCUAUUGUAACUUGAUCUUCAUUUCCAGUUUGAUUUAAUAAAAUAAGAAUGAAUUUUAUAAUCUGAAAAAUAUUUGAUCUUUUAAACAGUGUCUUCAGUGAAAAGCAAAGAGACAAUUCUCUGAACUGUGAAAAUUUUAUCAUAUUGUAUUACAAACACAAUUGUGAUGUUGAAUUGAAGUGAAUUGGUUAUGGAACAUUUAUAGAUACCAUUAUUUAAUAUGAAAAUAAUGUUUAUCCUUCGCUGUUAGAUAGAAAAAGUGUCGGCCAACACGUCAUAUCGACGCGGUCGUUGAUAGUAACAAUUCUAGUCGUCAGUGACAGAGAGAGACUUGGUUCUCUCGAUCAUUUAUCUGUGUAGUUUGUCGGCAUCACAACCACCACCAUUAUCGUGACCGCAGCAGCCAUGUAUCCGGCGGCCAUGAAUGCAGCCGUCGCUGCGGCUGCUGCCAGCAGGCAUCCGGGUCCUCAGCCUGGGCAGCCCUUCAAGUUCACGGUGGCUGAGUCCUGCGACCGCAUGAAGGAAGAAUUCAACUUCUUGCAGGCACAGUACCACAACAUCAAAAUGGAAGCUGACAAAUUGGUGCAGGAGAAAUCGGAGAUGCAGAGACAUUACGUCAUGUACUACGAGAUGUCGUACGGCCUCAACGUUGAAAUGCACAAACAGACGGAGAUCGGGAAACGUUUGAACGCAAUCCUGGCCCAAAUCAUGCCCUACCUGUCGCAAGAGCACCAGCAACAGGUGGCGGCGGCCAUUGAGAGGGCCAAGCAGGUGACCAUGACGGAGCUUAACGCCAUCAUCGGGCAGCAGCAACAGCGACAAGAUUUGCCUCGACUUUUGCAACAGAUGCAGGCUCAGCAAGCAGCUCUACCACACGCCGGACAUCCUCCUCUACCUCUAGGGCCCCAUCCUGCCCUACCAGGCCUACCUACUCUACCUCCCUCCUCUGCUGCUAGUGAGUGGCUACCACUUGCUGCUAGUGAGUGGCAACCACUUACUGCUAGCUUGCUGUCAGGUCUCUCAGGCUCGCUUGUGGGCCCCGGCGCCCACCCUCUCACCUUACUCAACUCCAAACACAUCCUGCACAGAGACGACGCCACGCCAGAGAGACAUAGAAGCAGUCUUUCUCCGGGUGCUGGGGAGAAAUAUCGCGGACGUUCCCCAGAACCUGAGCCCAAGAAAAUCAAACGAGAAGAAAAUCACGAGCGCGUGGUGCCGAAAGCGGAGCAAGACGUGGUGGUCGACGAUCAGCAGUCGGAUCAGGAUUCCAACGCAGCGGUGAGUCCUGCCGUGAACGGCACAUCUUCACCGCGCGAGAACGGCGGCGUCGUCGCCAACAUCAAGAAGUCGCCGCCCCUGGGCUCCGUCAGUCCCAGGAGCUCGGGUAGCUCGUCAAGCACACCGCAGGCACGCAAGGAUGACACCAAACCUACAACACCUACGUCAUCCUCCUCUUCAUCCUCAUCAUCCUCUUCUUCAUCUGCCAUGAAGCCGGUCGCUAAGGCUCCGUCCAUCCCGGGGGCGGUCGCUGCUCCGUAUCCUCCUGGAUAUCCUCUACCAGAAGCUGGAGCCUCUGCAGCAGCAGCCGUUGCAGCCGCCGCUGCUGGAUACCCUUAUCCUGGCAGAACUCCUGGAACUCCUGCAGGAUCCUUGGAUCAUCACGUUAGAGCAUCUGGGCUUCACACUCUCCAGGGUGGAAAGCCGGCUUACAGUUUUCACAUGAGUGGCGACGGCAAUUUGGCCCCUGUUCCAUUCCCCCCGGACGCCCUUUUGGGGCCUGGGAUCCCCCGUCACGCGCGCCCCAUCAACACCCUCCACCACGGUGAGGUUGUCUGUGCCGUCACAGUGAGCAACCCCACCAAGUACGUCUACACCGGCGGCAAGGGUUGUGUCAAAGUCUGGGACAUCAGCCAACCAGGCUCCAAGAGUCCCGUGUCUCAACUCGAUUGUCUCCAACGCGACAGCUACAUCAGAUCAGUGAAGCUGUUGCCCGACAUGAGAACUUUGGUGGUCGGAGGCGAGGCUUCGACGCUCAGUGUCUGGGAUUUGGCUGCCCCCACUCCCCGAAUUAAGGCCGAGUUGACAUCGGCCGCCCCGGCCUGUUAUGCUCUAGCGAUCAGCCCCGACUCUAAAGUUUGUUUCUCAUGCUGCAGCGACGGCAACAUCGCCGUUUGGGACCUGCACAACCAAACUCUGGUACGACAAUUCCAGGGCCAUACAGACGGCGCCUCUUGUAUUGAUAUUUCCCCUGACGGGACUAAACUUUGGACGGGAGGCCUCGAUAACACAGUCAGAUCUUGGGACCUCAGAGAGGGUAGACAACUUCAACAACACGACUUCAGCAGCCAAAUAUUCUCGUUGGGAUUCUGUCCUACUGGCGAAUGGUUGGCUGUCGGUAUGGAGAGUUCGAACGUUGAAGUUCUUCACGUCUCAAAACCUGACAAGUACCAGCUUCAUCUCCACGAAAGUUGCGUCUUGUCGCUCAAGUUUGCCGCUGCCGGCAAAUGGUUCGUCUCAACGGGCAAGGAUAAUCUGCUGAACGCUUGGCGAACACCGUACGGAGCCUCAAUCUUCCAGUCGAAGGAAUCGUCGUCCGUGUUGAGCUGCGACAUUUCAGCGGAUGAUAAGUAUAUCGUUACGGGCUCUGGCGAUAAGAAGGCUACCGUGUAUGAAGUCAUCUACUAAGUUCUACUAAUGUCCAGUCGAGACUUUACCUUCUUCAAUCUUCGAUGUCGCUAAUUGUGCUUAUCGGUGCUGAUAUCAGGAGAAGGCAGGCGCUUCUUAAGCCAAACUUGUCUCGGACGUUUUUUCGAUGUUGUUUGUGUUUGGUGGGAGUUAAGUUUGAGGCGCGUAUGUUACUAAAGGUUGAGGACUAAAUAAUCACCUAGACUGCCAUUGAUGGUUAGGAAUGUCUUACCUCAUCACUGAAGCUCCCGUGAAGUGAUAAAUGCAGUUGUUUAUACUCUGACGGAGUACCGUCGUUCAGAUCUCGAGAUGAGGAAUUUUGCCGUCGCGAAUGCAGUUGGAUGAAUGGAAGCGAAAGAUGGUCAUCUAAGUUAAGCAUCCUUCUGGAGAUAUUAAUUCAUUUGAGUCUGCGAUCAUAAAUGAUCUUUGAUGUAUUAAUCUGAAUAACAUAUUGCCUGAGUCAUUAUUUGAUUAAAUCCAGUGAAGUGUCAGUCGAAAUUUCGCACGAGAUGAGGUAUAUCUAAUCUAAAUUAUGACCUAAAUGAAUGGUUCUUUGAGGUAUUUCCAGCAUGCCACUGUAACAGUUUUAUUCUAUAUUCAAAAAUGUUUCGGGCCGGUGGCAUGAAAAAUUAUUACUUUCCAUUAUUAUACCAGUCAUUCAAUUAAUUAAACGUCGAUCCGGUCAUGCAGCAGUAUUUUGCUGGGUGGUAUAUAUAUGAGUGAGCUUAGCCUUCGCUAUGAGUUGGAUUCACCUUUGUCAUGAGUGAGCCUUGCCUUCGUCAUGAGUGAGCUUUGCCUUAGUCAUGAGUGAGCUUUGCAUUCGCCAUGAGUGAGCUUUGCCUUCGCCAUGAGUGAGCUUGUCCAUAUCAUGAUUAACCUUGGCAUAACUGAGCUUUGGCUUCGUUCAAGUCUUGCCUCAUUUCUGCCUUUGUGUGAAAAAAAUCGAGUGGCCCAUACCGGCAGACGAUGACCUUUGUAAGUGUUCUAAGUACAGAAUUAUUAGGCACAAUUAUUUGAAUUCGUAUUAUCUCUUUCAUAUUUAUACUCUCUCACACUGACGUAAAUGGCUAAUACAAGCGCUAACCGAAUUGAAACUUCUACCAGUAAAACAAGAUAUAUAGACGUGCAUUUCGCAAGAAAAAUGUUGAAGUAUUGAACUGGGGCGCUGUAUGGAUACGGUUUUUGAUGAAGAUUUAGCCUAGUGUUGAAGCUGUACACGAGGCGUAAUAUGUGCGUGCGUUGUGCAAAUGUAUGACAUGCGGUGGAUAGUCUCGACAUGUCGCCGUUGAAUUGAAGCGUCAUUCACAAGAUAGAUUUUGCUCGUCGGAUGACUUGUUACCUGAACAGAUAGUAGGUACAGACAUUAGAUACUUGGCUGCUUUUUUACAUACUAAGCUACUGUAUCUCUGCUUCAAUUCAGCUUAGUAUAUGUAACGUCAUGAUCUCCGUAGACUUUAGAACUCUGCAUCUGCUAUCCUAAAUUAGAUUCCCUGAUAAUUAUUAUGCAGAAAUUUAUAAAAAGCAUCUUGUCGCUCGUCAAUUCUCAACAUUUCUUCGACAACAUAUUUGAAUAUAAGUUAAUUGUUGAU